CAGGUCAGUCUCGACUACAUAGUGAGACCCUGUCUCAAAAACCAAAACAAACAAACAAACAAACUCUGCCAGUGACUAUUCCCAGUUUCCUCACUUAUAAGAUGGCAACAGAGCUGAAUUCCAUGGGUGCUAAGAAUCCAAUGCUGGCACUUCAUUGAUCUUUUUGGUUUUGAACCAGGGACUGAGCCCACAUCCUUCACACUGAGCUACAUCCCCAGCCCUUUAAAAUUAAAUUAAAUUAAAUUAAUUAAUAUUUUUUGGAAACAGGAUAUCAUUAAAUCUCUUAAGUUGCACAGGUUGGGCUUGAACUUGGGAUCCUCAUAUCAGCAUCCUGAAUGCGGGGAUUAUAGGCAGGUGCUACCAUGCUCAACCUUUUUUAUUUUUUGGAGACAGAGUCUUGCUAGGUAGCCCAGGCUGGCCUCAGACAUGCAGUCCUGGGGAUGCGCUCACAAAAGGACCUCACUCGUUAUGACGAUUCCUCGUGAUCAAAGGUUCAGUGUGUUGUAAAUGCCUCAUAGCAAGAUCAUGGAGACGAACUCAGUGCUGCUCUUCACCAGUCUUGGCAAAUACAUCCUGUGCUGCCUUCUGGGCCACGCCAUCCACGGGCUCCUGGUCCUGCCCCUCAUCUACUUCUUCUUCACACGCAAAAACCCCUAUCGCUUCCUGUGGGGCAUCGUGACGCCCCUGGCCACCGCCUUUGGGACCUCCUCCAGCUCUGCCACGCUGCCGCUGAUGAUGAAGAGCGUGGAGGAGAACAACGGCGUGGCCAAGCAUAUCAGCCGCUUCAUCCUGCCCAUCGGCGCCACCGUCAACAUGGACGGGGCGGCGCUCUUCCAGUGUGUGGCCGCCGUGUUCAUCGCGCAGCUCAACCAGCAGCCUCUGGACUGGGUGAAGAUCAUCACCAUCCUCAUCACGGCCACGGCGUCCAGUGUGGGGGCGGCUGGCAUCCCCAUGGGCGGGGUCCUCACCCUGGCCAUCAUCCUCGAAGCCAUCAGCCUCCCUGUCAAAGACAUCUCCUUGAUCCUGGCGAUAGACUGGCUGGUAGACCGGUUCUGUACCAUCAUCAACGUGGAGGGUGAUGCUUUUGGGGCUGGACUCCUCCAAAGCUAUGUGGAACGUUCAAAGCUGCAGAGCUCGGAGCCCCAGCUGAUCCAGGUGAAAAGUGAGGUGCCCCUGGAUCCACUGCCGGCCACCCCAGAGGAAGGGAACCCCCUCCUCAAAAGUCGUCACGGCCCUGCGGGGGGUGCUGCCCCCGGUGAGAAGGAGUCAGUCAUGUGAAGCCCGGGAGGGACGGUCUUUGCCUGCUGGGGCCACGCUGGACAUGAGCUUCAUGAGGGUCGGGUGACAGACAAGCUGGGGCUGGGUGGGGGCUGUGCACUCCCGGGAGCCGGGGGUCUGUUCCCCUCCGGGACAGCAGAUGGGGUGCUGUGCGUGCUGUCUCCCCACGUUUUCAGCACCUGUCUCCCUCCCAAGGUGGUAAUGUCUCCCCCCACCCCAGAGCCAGCUGGCCCCUCAUCUCAGGGUACAGGAGAGUCACCCCAUGGUGUCUGACCCCCUCUGAAGGGGAUGGUCUGGCGGAUGCUGACUGGUGGCUGAGGGGCAUGGUGGAGUGGAUGCCUGUCUGGCGGUGGCCGUGGCUGCGUCACGAUGUGUGUCUGUUGGGACCACCUAACUCUCCAGCACGUCCCAUCUUGUGCUCAGGCCUCGUGACCCUCCCCAGUAGCAAACACUCCCAGGAGCCCUGGGGCCAAGGAGAAACACUGUUACUCCAGAGGACAUUUUUAGCAAUAAAAUUGGGUGUUGAGUAUGUUUAAUUAGGUGUUUUAAAAAUUUACCUAAGGGCCGGGGACUUAGCUCAGUGGCCUCACACACCUGCUUUGGAUGCUCAAGAUUCCGAGUUCGAUCUCUGGUACUGGGAAAAAAAAAAAAAAGAAUUUAUCUAAAAACAUGAGCCACGACAACAAAAAUGUGUGAUUCAUUGGAAGAAAAUCUAUGCAUCAAAACCCACCACUGGGUCAGGCACAGCUGUGCACGCUUGUAAAUCCCAGUUCCUUCCUAGCAGAGGCAAAAGGAUCACAAGUUCAAGGGCAGCCCACGCAACUCAGUGAGACUUUGUGGCUGGGGUGUUGCGUCAGGGUAGCACGCCCCUGCGUUUGAUCCUGAAUACCACCACCAACAGCGACACCUCACUACUGGAAAACCACAAGGAAAUACUGCUCGCUGUACACAUUGGCAAAAACAAGGCCUGUGGUUGUGAAGGAAGGUAGGAUACUGAAUACAGAGGGCAGUGUGGGGCAGCUGGACUCAACUCCAUGAGAAAUGGAAAUUGGUUUAUACAAAAACCAGUAUACAGGCUAGGCAUGAUGGCACAU